AUGGGCUGCACAGGACCAAAGUCUCUCAUCUCCUGCAGAAACGGCAAGUCAUUCUUCGACAUUGUUGUUGACCAGGUUAAGGAGCUCAACGACAAGUACGGAACUGAUGUUCCACUUGUUCUCAUGCACUCCUUCAACACAGACGACAUCAUGAGACCACAUGUUGAAGCUGUCAAGGAUGUCAAAGUUAUCACAUUCAACCAAAACAAGUUCCCACGUAUCUACACAGACACACUUGAGCCAGUCCCAGAGAAUGCCGAGUCCCCAAUCUCAAUGUGGAACCCACCAGGCCACGCAGAUGUUUACCAUUGCCUCCGUGAGUCUGGCUUACUUGACAAGUUCCUCGCCGAAGGAAAGACAAUCAUGAUGAUCUCCAACAUCGAUAACCUUGGCUCUGUUGUCGACCUCAAGGUUCUCAACAAGGCAAUUACAGAAAACCGCUCAUACAUGGCCGAAACAGUCCUCAAGACACUUGAUGACUGGAAGGGUGGCAUGCCAAUCAUGUACAAGGGCCACAUGAAGCUUCUUGAAACAGCUAUUGUUCCAAAGGAGCAUUUCAACGAUUACACAGAUAUGAACUUCCUCAACUACUUCCACGCCAACAACUUAUGGGUCAACCUUGUUACACUCAAGCAGGAUCUUUCCGAUGGAACACUCAAGCUCGAUACAAUGAGAAACUACAAGAAGUACAACAACCGUGAAAUUGUACAAUUAGAAGCUGCUUGCGGCUCUGCAAUCCAGUCUUUCAAGGAUUCAUGCGCUGUCAGAGUUCCAAGAAACAGAUUCCUUCCAGUCAAGUCUUGCAACGAAUUACUAUUAGUCAGAGCUAACGUUUACAUCAUGGAAGGAUCACACUUUGUCCGCAAUCCAGCCAGAAAGAUCGCUGACCUUCCAUCCAUCCAACUUUCUCAGAUCUACCAGCACGUCGAAGACUUCGAGAAGAGAUUCCCAGAAGCUCCAGAUAUGGUAGAUCUCGUCAAGCUCCACGUCGAUGGCGAUGUCUUCUUCGGCAAGAACAUCAAACUUGUCGGAAACGUUGACAUCCAGAUUCCAGCUGGCCAGACACUCACAAUCCCAGACGGAAAGGUUCUCAAGGACUGCACAAUUCGCAGUGCUGCUGAUUUGUAA